AUGCUACACGCGUUGGUUGACGAGGCCAGCGAUGGCGUAGGGACGACAAGGGCAUUUGCACGUCUUCUGGCCACGGGAAACGUGUUGUGUCUCUCUCCACAUAUGAAGGAGGCGAUGUGUGACGGUGUGCCGACAGAUGUGCGACUUUUCACAAUGACGACUCGCAGUGGACGUCGAGCAUAUCGCAAGAGUGUUAGAGUGACAGAGCGCACACGUUGCUCGAGUAACAUCACAGUGAUGUCAAUCUCAACUCUUGUGCUUUUCACACUGCUGAGCUACAGCGAUGUCGUUCAUUCGGCAUGCGUUUAUACUCAUCCAAGCGGCUACUCAUUGCGGUGGCUUGUUCUCGGCGACAAUGUGCUUUUCAAACUUGAAAACUCCAAUGUGUCCGUGAAUGAGUACACCGGUGUUGGUUUUGGAGAGAACUCGGGCAGGAGUAUGGAUCGAAUCAAUCAGUGGCAGCUCAACAGCAGCGGAGUCAAUGUGUUUGAGCUUGCUUCCCUGCGAAUGAGUUCGCAGUUACGAGCCUGUGAUAAUGGCUCGCUCAUAACUCUGAGUAGGCGAUACAGAAAUCGCAAUGUUCAAGCAGAAUUCGCCCGUCCGAUCGUCACAAACUCGUCCGAUUUGAACAUGUGCCAAACUUGGAACUUCAUCACUACGCCGACGAAGGUCGGUGACGGAUCUUAUUACGUAAAUUCAACUAAUUCAAAUAGUGUGCAGGUAUGCAAUAUAGCGGAGGAAUGUGAUGUACUGAAGAUGAUGAAUGCGAUGACAAUCACAACCAGUCCGGUGCCCGACCGUUCAGAGCCGAGAUUGUUUGGACAGCCAAAAGUGGUACGUGUUUGU